AUGUUGCACAGGCUCUUUCUGCUCACUCCCUUAUUCCUAACAGGGUCGGUUUCGGCCGCUCCGGUGCCAGAUGCAGUCUACUCAGCCCUUGCUAAGCGGGACAUAAUCUGCUUUGACGCCCCAACCAGAACCGUGACGGUCACAGUGAAUAGCAACGGGCAGUCACAGACCACACAAGCUCCCGUCCAGCCCGUAACCCAGAUAGCCUCUAUUAUCAUCCCCUCUGGCACAGCUCCUGCCUCUCAAACCCCGGGGAGUACCAGCACUCAGUCUUCUCAGGCAGCCAUUGCCACUCCCACUCGGACUUCAGGGGCUAGUAACCCCUCACCUUCGGCUGCUAGCGGUUCAGGAUACAGAAGUGUGUUGUACUUUACCAACUGGGGUAUAUACGGCGCCAACUACCAGCCUCAAGACUUGCCCGUCGAUACGGUCACCCACAUUCUCUACUCUUUUGCUGAUAUUGCAGCAGAUGGUGAAGUGAAAUCUUCCGACACAUAUUCUGAUCUCGAGAAGCACUACUCGACCGACUCUUGGAACGACGCCGGACGCAACGCCUAUGGCUGCGUGAAGCAGCUCUACCUCCUCAAGAAGAAGAACCGCCACCUCAAAGUACUCCUCUCUAUCGGUGGCUGGACUUAUUCACCCAAGUUUGCCCCCAUUGCCGCUACGCCGGAAGGCCGCAACCGCUUCGCCACAAGUGCGGUCAAACUUCUCGCCGACUGGGGUCUUGACGGCCUCGAUGUCGACUGGGAAUACCCCACCAAUCAGCAAGAGGCCAAUAACUACGUCCUUCUCCUCAAAGCAUGCCGUGAAGCCCUGGAUGCUUACUCCGUCAAAAAUGCCCAAGGAUACAAGUUUCUCCUCACCGUUGCCACUCCCGCUGGCCCUGUAAACUACGGCAAGAUGAACCUCGAGGGUAUGGACAAGUUUGUCGACUUUUGGAACCUGAUGGCGUACGACUACGCCGGGUCCUGGGAUACCACCACGGGACACCAGUCCAACAUCUACAUCAACGACCAGAACAAGGUGGCCACCAAAUUCAGCACCGAAAAGGCAGUCCAGGACUACUUUUCCCGCGGCAUCAACGCGACCAAGAUCACGCUCGGGCUCCCGCUCUACGGCCGCUCGUUUGCGUCCACCGACGGCCUGGGUAAAUCCUUCAGCGGCGUGGGCGACGGCUCCAUCGAGCGCGGCGUCUGGCUGUACAAGGACUUGCCCCGCCCGGGCGCGAAGGUGGUCUACGACGACGUGGCGAGGGCCAGCUACAGCUACGACGCCACGAAGAGGGAGUUGGUCACCUACGACACGGUCGACUCGGCCGGGGAGAAGACGCGGUACCUCAAGCAGAAGGGCCUCGGCGGCGCCGUCUUUUGGGAGGCGAGCGGUGACCGCAAGGGCGACCAGAGCUUGGUUGGUUCGGUUGCGAGGGUAAUGGGCUUGGGCGCCCUGGAUUACUCGACCAACUUGCUGACGUACCCGGUCAGCCAGUAUGAUAACAUCCGGAAUGGGAUGCCGGGAGUUUGA